UAGCAACAGUGAGGCCCAGCAAACAGAAGCUUUAGGAGUCAGAUGUGACUGUGCUGCAGAGCAAAAGUGGCGAGUCCCAUUCAAUGACACAAACCAGCCCUCAGAAUGUGUUCCGUAAACCAUGAGGAGCCGGUUGCGUGGGAGAAGAGUACAACAACAUAAAUGCAGGUGUUCAUCAUCAGUAUCACCAUGAAAGACCUUGCUCUGUCACUCUUAAGUCGUGGAUACAGCCAAGAGGUCCAGACACAUGAUGGAGGUCCAUACAGGAGACUGGAAAUCUUUUUUGAACCUGAGGACUACUUUAACUGGAGAUCCCAGCCUCCUCUGCUUCGCUUAUCCAGCAGUGGACGACUGCUUGGUGGAGCGGAGCCCACACCCCCUAAAACCUACAGCACAAGGAGAGGUCUGCUCAUUCUUUACUCGGAAGACCUUGCGCUGUCAUCCUGCCAAACAAGCAAGCUCAACAGAAAAGGGAGAGCCUUGAGAAGUUCCAGAGAGGAAGCAGAGAUUCAGCUGCACACUCUUCAAGACCUCACUGAAGCCAUCUUAGCAUAUGGCAAAAAACAGCCUCAAGCCAAGGUGGGAUGCCACACCAGUGUUACCCAGCCUCUGCUGCCAGUUCUCAGAUGUGCCACUCUGCGCUUCUAUUCACAACACACGCCUGCAGAGGAGCAGGACCAUGUGAACCAGCUUACAGGCAGGGAUGAUGCCGCUGUCUGUUCAGGUCAGGGUAACUCGGUGAACACCAGACCAGGGCAGGAGAGAUAUCGGCCUCGAUUCCUCUGCUUCCCCCAACCACAGAAGCCUCCCUCCGGCCCUCUGCCACCCAUUACCCACAGCCUGGCACCCAGACACAGUGAGGACAGGCCUCAUCUGGCACCAGGUGGCACUGUGACUUCUAAGACAAAAGGCCCGGAGGACCAGACGACAAACAAGGAGAUAAAGACGACUUUCAGAACAGCAGUGAAGAGACAGAGAGUUCAGAUGAGCCCAAUAACUGAAGCAGAAAGCAGAGCUCGGGAAGAGCUGAGAGGAUGGACUGUAGAGCAGACGGUUACAGAGCAUUUGACUGGCUACCCAAAGGACGAAAGUGGUCAAUGGAAACAAAGUGCAAUAGAAACAGGCGGCGAGAAAGAAAGCUCCUCUUCAAAACCAGCGAAUAUCAACCCCUCGUUGGGAUGCAGUCACCUUUCUAGUGUCAGCAACUUCACAAGACACGUGGAGGCAGCCUGCCAGCGAAGCCCUGUGAAACAGAAAGCCACUGAUGCACACUUGAGGAAAACGAACACACAUCCAAAGCCCAGCUUCAACACCUUCCAUCUACCUCCCAUUAACCAGACUCUUCCCUCAGACUCAGACAGCAAGGAGCAUGAAGUAAAUUCUGGGGGCAACACUAGAGACAACCACAAGGAUUCAGUACCACAGCUGCCAGAUAUUCAUCACACUGACAGGAAGACAGAGACAACUGCUCCCAAACCACCAGAAAGAUGCGUCCUAAGGAACGUGCUUUUGCUUCUACCUUCACAAAUGAAUCAAGAUGAGACGUUCCCCCAAAAGUCGUAUGAUGGUCAUCAUGGUCUUCCUGAGGAUGAGAAAGAACGAGAGGAUGGUCUUCCUGAGAAGAAGGAUGUCCUGUCUGGAGGUGUGGAGCAGAAGGGCGAGUCGUUAAUGAGAGGUGGACAGAAAGAGCCUCCUGAACAUGGCUGCCUCCUUCAUCCUGCAGAGCACUAUAACCUCAUUUGGUUUGAACCUGUGGAGGACAAAGAGAAUCAGACCAUUCCAGGCCCACUACCCCCCUUUAUAGGUCGUAAGGGUCCUGGCAAACAGAGCUCUAUGGCUCUCUACAGACAAGACCCUGGCGAGACUGCAGACCAGACCGAGCCUCGAUCUGGCAUCAUCCGAGGAAGCCUUCCUCUGGAACUGAGAGAGUGUGAGAAGGGAGAGCACUGUGGAACCUUAAUAAUGGGUCCUGCCGGGGAAAUCAUACGCUUGUCUCUCUGGGAUGCCCUAACUGACACUGAGGACCACCCAGUUCUGGAUGAGGCUACUAGAGAACAUGUUCUCAGGGUUAUGACUUCCGAGGGAGUUGGGGAACAGCCUUGGGCGAUCCUGCUGAAGGAGCAGCAGAGUACAUAUACAGACAGAAUGAACAAAGGUGAACUGGAGGCUCCAGGCCGCAGACAGCAAGCGAACUCCAACCAAGAGGAGAGACCUACUGCUGAACAUACCGGAGCAGUGGAGAAUGCAGAGCGUUUUGACGCUGACGGAAAAAGAAUGGUUGAGGCCUGUGCAUCUGAACAAAGACCAGGAAAGCUGAAGCGUUCCAUAGAAACCCGACCUGCUCAUAGCAAAGGGGAAAACGCUGAACUAAAGAGCAGCGGAAGGACACAGGCUCUCCAGCCCGAGGGUGGAGACACACCUGGGUCAUCAAUACCAAACUCCACGUCUGCCAGCAGUCCUCAGAAAAAAGCCCUCUCCAUCUCCACAGCUGUGCAGGAAGCAGAGCUCCAAACCCAGACAAACAGAAAAAUAGAGACUGAUUUUGACAGUAAGACCCAGUCCAGGAAAGCAGGUGGAGGAGAUGAUGCAGAAAGCACCCAAAUAAGGAAAGUAAAGAAGAAAGAAGGAAAGCUUGAUCAGCAUGUAGAGAAGAAGACUGGACAAACAAAUGAAGACAGAGAGUCAGAAGACACUAUUUAUACUGCAGACCCAAGCCCUGGACCAACACCAAAGAAAAAGAAAACGACUAAGAAACCAGAGGAGACCACAAGUCAACCAAAGAAGACCUCUACCCAACCAAAGAAGACCUCAACUCAACCUAAAAAGUCAAGAGACUCCAGAAGUCAACCAAAAGACUACAGAAGUCAAACACCUGAGUCCAGAAGUCAAACACCUGAGUCCAGAAGUCAAACACCUGAGUCCAGAAGUCAAACCCCUGAGUCCAGAAGUCGAUCGAAGGAGUCCAGAAGUCGAUCGAAGGAGUCCAGAAGACGAUCGAAGGAGUCCAGGAGUCAAGCAAGAGAUCCCAAAAGUCAACCAAAGGAGUCUAGAAGUCAAUCAAAGGAGUAUAGAAGUCAACCAAACAAUACAAUAAAGAAAAAAAAGAAAACCAAAGGUCAAGCAGCAUUUGUUGUUGGUAAACCAAGAAAGGUUGAAAGAGAAGCAGAUAUACCUGGGAGACCUGAGAGAACAGCGCCCAGCAGAGAGGAGAACGAUCCAGAACACCAAGCUGAGCUUGACCGCUGCUGCAGUACUCAUGGACCUGCUGCAGACAUUGAUCAGGCCUCAGUGUACAGAGAUGAUCGUACAGCUGCAGGUUCCCUCAGGACUCUCAGUUCUGCUGCAGCCUCCAGCAGAUCUCACGGCUCUACUCUGGCCUCCAGCAGACCUCACAGCUCUGCAGCAGCCUCCAAUAGAACUCAUGGUUCUGCAGCCCCCAGCAGAACUUAUAGCCCUGCAGCGUAUUCCUACAGAACACACAGUCCUGCUGCAACCUCCACCAGAACACACAGCUCUUCAUCAUAUUCCUACAGAACACACAGCCCCACGGCAGCGUCCACCAGAACGCACAGUUCUACUGCCAUGUACUCAGCCAGAGAGAGACCUUGGAGAACCAAUAAAGCAACAAAAAUUAAAACCUGUACUCCAGCACCGCUCUCUCUUACCCAGAUGCCCUCCCAGUCUGCACACCACUCUCCAUCAAACCCUGCCAAGCCUGGGUCAAAUGGUCAUUCCAAAAGCCCUGAUGAAGCUGCAGUCCUGAGGGAGAUCCAAGCCGCAGCGAAGGCUGAAAAGGCUGAACGCCGCCGGCUGGAGACGGAGAGAAAGAGGAAGGAGAAAGAAGAGGAGCAGAGGAGGGAGGAGAAGCGAGAGGAGAGGGAGGAGAAGAUGAAGCUGGAGCUGGAGGAGGAGCAGAGGCAGAGAGCAGAACAGGCCAGGUUGAGGAAGCUCAAAGAAGAGGAGGAUAGACGGAGGCAGGAGGAGAGAGAGGUGGAGCGACAGAAAAGGGAGCGUGCUGAAAUGGAGCGAGAGAGGAGGAGGCAGGAGGAGAAGAGGAGGCUUCUAGAGAGACUUCAGAAAGAGAGGCAGGAAGUGGAGAAGAGGAGAGCAGCCGAGUUAAAGCGUCAGCAGCAGGAGGAGGAGGCUGAGAGAGAGAGGGAGAGGAUCAAACUGCAGGGGAUGGAUGAAAGUGAGAGGAUAGAGUACUUACGCAGGAAGAAGGAGGAUGAGGAGGAGAAGAGGAGGAUAGCAGAGAAGAGGAGGAGAGAGGAGGAGGAAGCAGCACGGCAGGCUGAGGAGGAGGCAAGACUACUGGCUGAACUGUUUGAAAGGCAGAGAGCAGCACUGGAGCAACAACUCAACUUCAGCAGAAGUCUGUUUGUGGAGACUGAGGGUCUGGAGCAGACGCAGGACAUCUCUCGGCCCUGGGUUUUCUCUUACUUCAGUCUGAUGAAGCUGCUGGGAUUAGUGGAAGCUCCGGAGGAGCUGGUGGAAGAGGUGCUGUAGCUUCCUGUAUUUCCAGUGCUACCUAGCUUUAGCAAGAGUUAAAACCAAAAACAAAAACACAGAUUCUGUCCCUGCUGUAAGCUGUUUCGUGUUGGUAUUAGGUACUGAUCGAAAACUAUUUGUCAAGUUGUCAUAUUUACACUGAAUGUUUACAGCUGGACUAUUAGGAGCUGUGAAGCCGGAUACUCUGGUGUAAUUAUGUUUAGGUUGGAUUAAACAGUUGGCUGAAGAA